AUGGCUAAAUUUUGCGCAAUUCUUCUUUUUAUUGUGACACAAGGUCUUGCAGCACCGUACAAAUCAUCAAACGGUUGUGGUUAUGAUUCAUGCAAUUUGGGUAAACCCGACAAACUUAAUGUUCAUAUUGUAGCUCAUACACAUGACGACGUUGGUUGGCUAAAAACAGUCGACCAAUAUUAUUACGGAUCACGUAGUGAAAUCUGCAAUCGAGGUGUUCAAUAUAUUCUCGACUCAGUGGUGCUAGCACUCACGGAAAAUCCCGAUCGUCGAUUUAUCUAUGUCGAAAUGGCUUUCUUUUGGCGUUGGUGGAAUCAACAAUCGGAAGAAAUACGCAACACCGUCAAGCAACUUGUUAAUGAAGGUUCGUAUUAA